AACUGCUGGGGCUGUAGCCGCACGCCUGCUGCACCCCGGACUGGAGAGCGUAUCUGCCACGGGGUGUCGUCAGCACUGGGCGGCUCCGUCCCCCGGGACCGGCAGGGGCGUUACUCAACCUCUUACAUUGCACCCAGCCCUCGAGGAGGCUGCUGUUUCCACACUGCUCUGACCUCUGCCCAGGCUUUGUGGCCCUGGAGUUUACUCUGGGCUUAUCUGGGGAGGCAGGCGUCCGCCCGCACCAGCUAAUCUUCUCCUUGCCGUAGCCCCAGAUUCCACCAUGACGUCUCCCAAGCCCAGCAAGGCUUCCCCGAACGAGCCGGACAUGAAGCCAGAGCCGGAGCUGGAGCCAGAGCAGCAGAACCUGGCCAGCCGCGUGGCCAGCCUGCCCCUGGUGAGCUCAGCCUACGACAUGGUCUCGGCGGCCUAUGCCUCCACCAAGGACAGCCACCCCUACAUGCGGUCCGUGUGCGACGUGGCCGAGAAGGGCGUGAAGACCCUCGGUGCGGUGGCAGCCAGUGGGGCCCAGCCCCUCCUUGCCAAGCUGGAGCCACAGAUCUCGACGGCAAAUGACUACGCCUGCAAGGGGCUGGACAAGCUGGAGGAGACGCUGCCCAUCCUCCAGCAGCCCACAGACAAGAUCCUCUCCGACACCAAGGAGCUGGUGACAUCCACAGUGACGGGCGCCAAGGAUGCCCUCUCCAGCAGCGUCAGCGCCGUGAGCAGCCGCGUGACCGGCGCAGUGGACCUCACCAAGGGUGCUGUGCAGGGCGGGGUGGAGCUGACCCGGGCAGCUGUGGCCAGCGGCGUGAGCACAGUCAUGGGCUCGGCCAUGGGGCAGAUGGUGGCAAGUGGCAUGGGCGCUGUGCUGGGCAAGUCGGAGGAGCUGGUGGAUCACUACCUGCCCAUGACCGACGAGGAGCUGGCCAACCUGGCCACAGCAGUGGAGGGCUUCGACGUGGCCUCAGUGGAGCAGCAGAAGCAGCAGCAGAGCUACUUUGUGCGCCUGGGCUCCCUGUCCAGCAAGCUGCGGCACCGUGCCUACCAGCACUCCCUGGGCAAGCUGCGGCGCAUCCGGCAGAGCACCCAGGAGGGGCUGGGCCAGCUCCACCACACCAUCGAACUGAUGGAGCACGUCAAGCAGGGGGUUGAUCAGAAGGUCCAGGGUGGACGGGAGAAGCUGCAUCAGAUGUGGCUGGAGUGGAGGCAGACGCAGCUCGGCGCGGGCCAGGACAAGGAGGCGGACAGCAAGGCCGUGAUGGCUGAGCAGCCGGAGCAGGUGGAGUCUCUGGCCCUGGCCAUGUCCCGAGGCCUCACCCAGCAGCUCCAAGCCGCCAGCCAGAUGCUGGCAUCCAGCCUCCAAGGCCUCCCCACCGGCAUCCAGGACAAGGUGCUGCAGGUGCGGCAGCAGGUCGAGGAGCUCCGCGCGGCCUUCUCGGCAGCCGGCUCCCUCCAGGACCUGCCAGGCAGCGUCCUGAGCCGGAGCCGGGAGCGCGUGGCCCGCGCCCGCGAGCUGCUGGACGAGCUGGUGGAGCACGUGGGGCAGAGCAUGCCGCUCUCCUGGCUCGUGGGUCCCUUCGCCCCGGGCGGCAAACAGUCAGAGGACAUGGAAAUGGAGUAGUGUCCAGCCAGCGCCCCUUGCCCCUUGCCCCGAGUGCCAGGCUGGUCUCUCUUACCUGGCUCUGCGUCCCUAGCUCUGCAUUCCUGGCACUUCUUGCCUUGCUCAUGAGGAUCUUUGUAUGGUGGGGUGAGGGGGCAUAUCACUGCUUGCAGCCUGAAUUCAGCCUGCUCUUCUAUAACCUGCUCAGACCUGGCACCAGACCAGCUUGUCCCCCUACUUCCCAGGUCCCCAUGAUGCAGGUUGGGGGUGCGACAGCCUCGCUCUUCUGAGACUCUGAGCACGUGUGACCCUCUUCCCACCAGCGAUGUCUGAACAGGCCUGGGCUCCCUCGAGCUACUGCCAGGCUCCAGUGUUUGAGCCCGGGUGGAGCUAGGCCCAUCAGAUAAGCACCGGGGCUCUGUAGGGUGAGGUAGGACAGCAGGACCCUGACCAAGGGAUUUUUGACCCAAGGGGGUGAUUCAUGGGAAGCUUUCCCUGCCAGUGCCCUUAGGCCACAAAGAUGCUCCUGAAGCUGAUGUUGGGCUCUGACGCUGCGUGAUGCCCUAGUGCCCCCGGCACUCGGCUGCCAGCCCUGUGCCCUGUUCAGCCAGCCCCUGCCCGGGGAAGAGCACAUCCCGCAGAGCAGGCUCCGGGCAGCGGGGCUGAAGGAAGCCAGAGGGCAGGGAGCCGGUGUGAUCCCACGUGCCACAGUUCUGACUUGCGUGCUGCAGCAUUUAACCUCUCCAAAUAAAGCCUUGGUUUGC